CUCAAAGUUUGUUUGCAUUUUUUGUAACUUGUAAAUAAUUUGUUUGUUCAAUCGGUCGAUAAAGAAAUACCUAUGCUAGUAUCCCUUGCUCUUUAAAGUGAAGCGCCGUGUGUGAAAUAAUACCUACUUUGGAAGAUCUAUGAAUUAUCCGGUACAAACCUUAAAAUAUGGCUCAAAGUUUAGUAGAGAGCAUCCAGGAAUCCACUUCAAACGAUAACAGUAUUUCCACUAAAGAGUUCCUGAGGAUCGAAAAGAAUUGUGAAGGAUACAAAGACAGUGAUGAAGAAAUUAAACUAAUAUUCAACGAAAUUAACAAACUUUCUGGUGCCAAUAACAAUAACAAUUCUAUUCUACUGGAGGAUAAUGACGAUGUGGAAUUAAUUCUGAAAAGGGCAGAAGACAUCGCACAAGAAACAGAGAAUUUAUUUAAAAGCAGCCCCAUAGCUGCUGCUGCCAGCCCCAGUCAUGAAAAGCAGAGCAAUGUGGCCAAAAUACCACAAAUCAAGGUUACAAAGCCAGAUGAAUCUAAGAAAACUGAAAAAGCCUCUAAAGAUUCUAGGGAAAAGGCAAAUAACAAAUCACCAAAACACAAUAAUAAGGAAAAUAAUGAAACAGUUCGACAUAAAGCCAAAGUAAGACCUUACUCGGCAGGAGUUAUAGAUAGUAAAAAGAGAGAUGCUGCAAAAGGAGCCAGAUUUGUCACUAAUUCCCCAAAAAAAUCAUGUAAACACGAAAACAUAUUAGAAGAACUAAAAGACACAAAUGAAAGAGUGAAAGGGCUUGAACUUUUAAAUGUUCAACUUAACGAAGAUAACAGGGUAUUGCGCAAAAAGCUGGAUGAAGUCAAUGAAAAGAAGCACGUUACUGAAUUGAAACUGGGCGAGUGUGAGAAGUUUUUAAGUAGAGUUGGAAAAGAAUACGAGAACCGAAACAGAGAACUUACAGAAGCUCGAGACAAUGAAAACAAACUCCUGGCUGAAUUGAAUAAAGAGAGAAAUGAGAGGAAAAAUUUGAAGAUCUUACAUGAUAAAGAUGCAACCGUCAUUCAAGAUUUGCAAAGACAGUGUAAAGAAAUGGAAAUGAUAUUAAAAAGGAAGCACCCGGAUUCAGUGUCGGCUCUUAUAGUGGCUUCAAAAUCAACUACAGUAGAAGAUAACAAAAAGAAACUUCUCGAAGAGCGAACAACGCGUCUAGAGCAAGAGCUGAAGGACAAAGAGGAUCACUUUCAACACAUUCUACUAACCCUCCAACAAAAGUUCGGUGACAUGAAGCUGAAAUAUGAAAACCACAUCAUCGACGUUGAAAGGCAACUAAUGGAGGAUCGGAAAACCAAUACAGAGUUGAAGAAUAGACUUAACAAGUGUAAUCUAGUCGACGCUUGUGUUCAGACAACUGCUGCGCAAAAUACGGCGCAAACUCAAACCUUUAUUAGAACUGACAGGGCCUCUUCAGCUGUUAGUAGAUUAAGCCAAAACUCCGCACUGCUGCUAACAAAACUGAAAGAAGAUAGCUACUUGUGUGCGACGAUCAAGGGUCUUCAGGCUGAGUUGACUCUGAAACAACGAGCGUUGGCCAAAAUUAAUAGAGAGUCUGACGAAUUGAAGAAAAACUUGCGGAAUCUCCAAAAAGAGAAAGAAGUCCUCCUGAACAUAAACCCCAGCAUCCAGAAAAAGAUAGUCUACAAGCAGAACAAAUCGGCCGAGAACCUUCUAUCCCGCGUGAACUGUGAGCUCGAGGCAGAACUGGCCGAGACUCGCCAGCAGAAGGAGGUUCUCAUGCAGGAGAGGAACAGUCUGCUCGACUCGCUGAAGAGGACCAACGAGGAGUUUAUACUGCUCAAGAAGAAACGGAUUCAAGAUCUCCACACCCUCCAACUGGCCCACGAGAAGGAGCUGAUGCAGAUGAACAUGCAGCUCUACCCUCUACAGGAAGAAGUGAACCGACUCAACCGCACCGUGGAGGCGCUCCAGGACCGCGGGAGGUCUGAGGAUAAGAUGAGGUGUCAGGGGAGUGAGGAGGUGGGCGGAGGGGAUAAUAAUGGGAGGGGGAGGGGGAGACGGUGA